CAAGUCAUUCAAUACCGCUCCUAUCAACGCGACAUUCCUAUCUAUCACUUGCGCGCACAUCUCCUAUCUCUCUAUGUGGUUCAAAAAGCACUGCAGAGCCAGAAAGAGUACUGUGACAAAUUGACAAGCUUCGAUCCCAUUCGGUACUCUACAGUAGUAGAGGGCGACGAGAUACAAUCUGAAUGCAUUGAAGCUGCAUAUCUGCCCAGUAUCCUGCAUGGCCAGGGCUCCGCAUUGGCACUACGAGCAGAUCAGCAGUCCGGGAUGGUGGAGUGGUUUGUCUUUAGUGGACCCAUCCAUGACAACUUUCUAUCUCAAUUGAUCUGUACCAACGGCAACUGGAGCUUACAACCAGACAUCGACCCAGACGACCCUCGAAAGGUCUUCAAUCUUGUGGGCUACGCUGAGAAAGGUCUGAAGACUCGGACUGUAAGAGGCGCGAAUCGAGAGCACAAGGGAUGGCACGAUGCGCUG